AUGCAGCCUAUUGCUUUUUUGAUUAUGAUGCUUCUCGGCUUCACACUCGCAAGCCCGAUUUUCACCACUUCCGACAAUUCAACCGCAAAAGAUGUUGAUCGACCCCUGGCAGAUGAAGUCAACGAUCCGAAGGCAAAGGAGGAGAAGCCCAAGGCCGAGAAGGGCAAACUCGGAAAAUUGCUGGGAAAUAUCAUCGACAUCUAA